AUGUGCCCCGUCGCGUGGAUACCGUUGAAGGAGGUUCCCCUGAGCCCAACGGGGAAGCUUGACCGGCGCAAGCUUUUGAGCAUCGGGGAGAAUUUCUAUGCCAGAAUGCGAACGGGCGGCAGUGAAGAAGAAGAAGAAGAAGAAGAAGAAGAAGAAGAAGAAGAAGGACAAAAAGGACAAGAGGACAAGGGCUUAUCGCCCGUCGAGUCAGUGCUGGGUCGGAUGUGGAAACAACUUCUCCCAUCCGCCCACAGGCUCUCACCAGACGAUAAUUUCUUCCAACUCGGCGGGGACUCUCUCCGAUGCAUGAAGCUGGUGGCGAUGGCCCGCGAGCAAGGGUUUCAUCUGACUAUGGAGAAGAUGUUCAAAUACCCCGAACUAUCCAGGAUGGCUGCCGCCAUGCAGGAAGUCCAUGCUGCUGAUACAAUUAAAUCCCACGCAAGCCUUGUCCCGGCUUCAUAUUCACUUUCACAGGACGAUCUUUCUAUAUUUCACUCCUUGCUGGAUGAGUACGGUUUUGAUUAUGAGGAUGUGGCGGGUAUAUACCCUUGCACGGCGCUCCAAGCAGGGUUGUUUUCGCUGUCACUGGUACUACCCUCCUUGUAUUCGAGUCAGUUUGUAUUUAAUUUCUCAGCGGCCGUGGACGUCCAAAGGUUCAAGGCAGCAUGGGAGAGUGCAAACAGUGUCUUCCCAAUCCUGAGAACGGCAAUCGUGCCGUCUUCCUCUAGCUUCGUGCAGGUGGUGAGACGACAUCACUCCGAGUGGACCGAAGUCAGGCAAGAUCUUGCAUCGUUUCUGUCUGCAGACAAGACGGUAUCGUUCCAACCCGGCCAGCCUCUCAGCAGACAAUACCACGUCCAGGACCCAUCAUCCGGUCAGUCUCAUUUUGUUUGGACGCUCCACCAUGCUAUAUUCGAUGGCUGGAGCUUGGAGUCCGUGGUCGAUCAUAUUCGUCAAAAUUAUUACUCCAACACCGUGGCUGUGAACCCAGGAGGCUUCGAGGAAUUUGUGCAGCUCUGUGAGGGCCUGAACCAAGGUGAAUGCGUUUCAUUCUGGGAACAACAACUUAAAAAUGCACCUACACCAUCAUUUCCCAAUUUCCCGAAUGCCGGGUACCUAGCAGCCGACAGAUCUUGUUUGCGACACACCAUGGCAGCGCCGAAAAUAACUUCUACAACUGCAACGGUUCUGGCCAGGGCGUCGUGGGCUCUACUACUUUCAGAGUACGAGGGUUCUGACGACAUCACAUUCGGAAACUCCCUUCACGGACGUCAUUCCCUACCUCCUAAGCUUCAGGAUGUCGUUGGGCCUACCAUCACAACUUUACCGAUUAGGGUGCGGAUUGAUCUCACGACAACCGUUCUUAACUUCUUAGAAGGCCUCCAAGAACAGUUUUCCGCCAUGAUACCUUACGAACAAUUCGGGCUUUCCCGAAUCCUGGGGAUAAAUCAGGAUAUCCAAAAUGCCGCCUCGUUUCGUACCCUCUUAAUUGUCCAAGUCGAAGAUAACACGUCCUUGGAGGAAGUAGGUAUCAAGCUUGACGAAGUCGAGAGAUCCCUACACGAAUACCCACUGGUAAUUACGCUUAUGCCUGGGAAGUCUCAGAUUGAGAUAGUCGCCACCUUCGACAGCGACGUCAUUUCACCGCCCCAGGUUCAAAGAAUUCUGGAACAAUUCGAGGGGACAUUCCACCAACUCAGCACAGUACCUAGAGACACCAAAGUUGGCGAACUGGACCUCGCAAGUAAGGCAGACAAGACAACCAUGUUUGAGUGGAACGCUAGGCAUCAUACGGCUUACGAAGUUUGCGUCCACGAGUUGAUUAGAGAGCGAGUAAGACACUCCAAAACUUCGCCAGCAAUCCAUUCGAGAGACGGCACCAUGGACUACGCAACUUUGAAUAGACUGUCUGAUGGCUUAGCGGGGGAGAUGGUGCAAUCCGGCGUGAAGCCAGGGAACACUGUGGGUAUUCUUUUCGAGAAAUCGCAGUGGGCAAUCGUGAGCAUUCUGGCCGUCAUCAAGACAGGCGCGGCUUUCAUGCCAUUGUCACCGACAUACCCACGAGUACGUCUUGAAGGUAUUGUCAGUGAUGCUGGUAUUGGGCUCAUCCUCUGCUCUCCACUGCAAGAGGAAGUCUUCCGAAAUCCACCUUGGCGGACUAUGGUCGUUUCCAACGAGAGAUCACAUUUUUCCACAUCCAGUGCACUGGCCCAUGGCAAGGUUGCGACCCCUGACAGCCUUCUCUACAUCCUUUCAACCUCAGGAACUACGGGGACCCCCAAAAUCUUCGGUGUACAACACAAGAGCUUUGCUACUGGUGCUAUCGCUCGGGCACCUUUACUCAAACGUGGCCCUGACUCUCGGGUAUUGCAAUUUGCACCAUAUGCCUUUGACCCGAGUGUGGAGGACAUAUUGACCACCCUCAUGUUUGGCGGCUGUAUAUGUGUACCAUCAGAGGACGAUAUCAUGGGUGAUAUCAGUGCAUUUAUGAAGAUGGCGCGAGUUGACUUUGCCAACAUCACCCCAUCAGUGGCCUAUACAUUGAAGCAGGAUGAACUGCCGGAUCUCAAAAUAUUGCUGCUCUCGGGAGAAGCACCUGACCAAGGACUAGUGGACAAAUGGGACGGCAUCGUACAACUCAUGAAUGGUUACGGGCCGAGUGAGUGUUCCGUCAAGUGUGCUAUCAACUGCCAUUUGUCACGCAAUAGCCCCAGAAACAUUGGUUACAGUGCUGGAACUAGCCUAUGGGUUGUGAAGCCCCAGAACCACAAUCGCCUAACUCCUCUUGGGGCAGUUGGGGAACUCGUCAUCGAAAGCCCACAUCUUGCAAUGGGCUACAUGAACCGCCCUGAGGCUAAUAAGGAGAAGUUUAUUCUUAGUCCACCGUGGUUGCGAGACUUCCGAGAUGGCCAAGCCACGCGGAUGUACAAGACGGGUGACCUUGUCAGGUAUAUGGAAGAUGGCAGCAUCUUGUACAUUGGGCGCGGUGAUAUGCAGCUGAAACUACAUGGCCAGCGGCUUGAGGGCGAGGAGGUGCGGCAACGCAUUCAGGAAUCACUCUCUGAUGCUCAGCUCCAAGUGAUUAUCGAUAUAGCAAGAUUUGAAGGUCAGGAUUCUGACGUUCUCGUCGCUUACCUUGCUCAGAAAGGAGAGUACCGGGGAGGUGAAGUGGAAAUCGACCAUGUGCUACAACAGCGACUGGCGGGUAUGAAGGAACAUAUAAUUCGCCAAAUUAGCACCACUCUGCCGAAAUACAUGAUACCUGCUGUAUUUCUGGCAGUGACAAAUAUUCCCGUCACCUCGAAUGGCAAGGCGGACCGCCGCACACUUAAGGCUUACGUUGCGCGACAGCGUCUUGGUCCUCACCUGCUUCUUUCUGAAGAACAUGAAAUUCAACCACCAGUUUCAGAGUUAGAAAAGCUGCUGCAUAGGUUAUGGCAAAAACUGCUUGGACUGAACGGCGAGCAAUUUGGAGCCAACUCCAACUUCUUUGAACUCGGUGGCAGUUCUUUGGCGGCAAUCAAGCUGGCAUCUGCGGUACGAGAUCUUGGGCACAGCCUCCCAGCACAUGAAAUAUUCAAAAAUCCGGUCUUGUCUGUCAUGGCUUCUCAGGUGGUACGUCUGAAGGGAACAAGAAAAUCGAGUGCAUCCAACUUCAGCCUGCUGGAGAAAAUUGAUCGCAGUAUCCACCAACUGAGGAAGAGCUGUGUGGCUCACGGUAUUGAUGAGCAUAACAUUGAAGACGCAUACCCUCUUACAAGACAGCAGCAAAAUUACAUGAGAGGAGAGAUCGUUUCGCCAGGAGGUACUACUCAUAGGCACAUCAUGCAACUACCAGCCAACAUCGACUUGGUCGGACUUGAGACUGCUUUGAGGCGUGUUGUGCAGGCGAACGCACUUCUACGGACUCGAAUCGUCUCGAUAUCAUCACAAUUAGUCCAGGUUGUGCUGAAAGAGGACUUCGCUUGCCGCCAUGUUGAGGCCCUGUCGUCGCUUGUCUCUGAGGAUCGAAAGGUAUCGUGGGGUCUUGGACAACCACUAUCACGAUUCAGUAUCGUACAUAGCGAAGACUCUCAGGAUAGUUGGCUCGUCUGGUCAAGUACCCACGCUGCGUUCGAUGGCUGGUGUCGAAAGUUGCUCUUGCAAGACAUCGAUUAUGCGUAUCACCACAACGAUAACCCGCCGGAACGGCCGCAGUACAACAGGUUCGUCGAGUACGUAUACGAAUUGGAAAAGAAAGAAGAUGGUUCGGCGUUGAUGAGAGAGCUCGAGAACACUGAGUUUGAGCGUUAUUUCAUCUUGGAUGGCACAAAGAUCCCAGCAAUUACUCACACUUUGUCCCUCAAUAUCGAUUUCCCGGCAACUCUCCCAGCUGAUCUAUCCUACCCAACCGUGAUGCUUACAGCUUGGGUGAUAGUUGCAGCCCACGUCGAAGAACAAGACCAACUCCUGUUCAACAUGCUAUUGGGCGGCAGGGAUGCUGAGUUCACGGGAAUAGACAGGCUCAUGGGGUCUGUAAGUACCACAGCCCCCUUGACUGCCAGCAUUAAUUGUGACUCAACUUUCCGGAAAACUGUGGAAUUUGUACAGAAGCGAAUAAAUGAAGCUAGAAGUAUACAGCAUUCGGUCAAACUCGGUGAUAAGCUGCAUCGGUUGCUGGCCUCUGCCCCUGUGGUCGUCGUCCAUCCUGCCGAUGACUACGAGGAAGUAGCAACCAAACACCUCGGACUGUUCAGAAGCCGUGUCGAAACGGUCCAGCGAUUGGUAGACGCCAUGUUCAUGAAUUUCUGUCUCCGGCCUGGUAAUGCUGGGGUGGAUCUUAUCAUGACAAUUGACACCAGCUUUUUCCCAGAAAAUAAAGGAAUUCGGUACCUCAGCUAUUUAGAGCAAGUUUUCAAGCUUAUCUUUGCUCCAAGGGGUCUGGACCUGACCAUCGGGGAAUUGAAAUUCGGUUCUAGCGCGCCCACAAGCUUGGUGUUGGUAAACACUGAGAUAGUGUGA